CCAUUAAUUCUCUUCCUCAUUUUGCUCCCUUCCCUUUGCAUUACAUCACAGAGGGAGAGAGAGAGAUCCAAUGGCGGAGGAGAAGCAGCCAGUGGCGGAGGAGAAACCGUCGUUAAUGGCGUCAUCGUUACCUUCGUUCAACAUAUGGCCGCCGAACCAGAAGACGAGGGACGCGGUGAUCCGGCGACUCGUCGAGACCCUCUCCUCCCCCUCCGUCCUCUCCAAGCGCUACGGCGUCAUGGACGCCGAGGAGGCCGCUUCCACCGCUAGGGUCAUCGAGGAGAAGGCCUUCCUCGCCGCUUCUGACAUGCCUCCGGCUGAGGCCUCCGACACUACCGCCGACGACCCCGUCGCCCGGGGAAUCGAAACUCUCCAAGUCUACUCUAAGGAGAUCAGCCGGCUCGUGCUCGACGCCGUCAAGUCCAGAGCCUCCUCCAGCGAAAAGCCGCAAUCUUCACCUCUGGCGGAUGACGUCGCCGCUCCUAGUGAGGAUCCUUCUCAACCUUCUCCGGUUUUAUCUGAAUCUUCUGAAAAUUGAGCGGCUCCCCUCGAUCUUUAGGGUUUCCUAAUUUUGAUGUUUAUGUAAAUCAGUGUUGUAAACGAGGUCGUCGUGGUUUCUUUCUUCUCCUUUUCAUGUGUGAGAAAAAGAAAAUAAGGAGGGCGAGAUCUCGUCUUCUGUUAAGAAGUAUUAGGUCCUGCCACUAUUGCAAACUAUUUUGAGGUUCUUUUUGCUAUAGAUCCAAUGGUUUCAAUA